UCCUUUUGACAGAUUGGUGAAAAUGUCAUUUUCCAAAGAACAAAAAGGAUGGUUGGUGGUUGGAAUUGUUUUACACAAGACAGUUGCUCCUGUCUUACGAUGUUUUGUAGAACAAGAAGUUACAAAGCUAUACAAUCAUUAUGACAAUACUUUUAACUUAAAGACAUUGCAAUUGAAUCAGGUUUCCUCUGAUCCAGAGCUCAAAUCAUUAAGUUUUCGAAAUAUAAACGGCAAUUUCUCGAAGCCUAACAAAAAAAGUUACAACUAUCAUAUUUACAGUCCAUUAGAUCUAGCCAAAUUGUAUUUAACACCAAAUGUAGCCAAAUGCAUAUCUGGCUUUGAUGAAUCCCUGGACACAAGUGCCAUUCUGGUGCUGCUGGGAAGUAAAGUUUCUUUGCUUACGAAAGUCCCUCAUGCUUCACCCUCCCAUUCGGCACUGAUUCAACGUCUUGCUGAUGAUGUCAGAGAGAAUGUGCGGAACGAGUGGGGCCACUAUGACAGCACUAAGUGGACUGAGACCUUUUUCAGUGACUGUUUUGACAAGUUAAGAAAGUUAGUCAGCAGUUUAGGUCUUAAGGAUGGAGGGAAGACCACUUUAGAUGAACUAGAUGAGUACAAAACAAAAGCGCUUUGUACAGGAGAAUGCAUAGAUCAAAGUCUUCUCCAAAUGGUUCAGCAUGGUUUAAGUGCACUUCUUGCAGAUUUCCAGAACAUUCAGAAGCAGUAUUCUGCUACUCAGGAUUCAUUAGUUGAGAUACAAGAUCAGCAAUCAUCCAAAAGGGCCAGACUGGAAGCUCAGGAUCAACAGUUGAGUGAUCAUGAAGAGGUUCUGAAGAAUCUUCACUCUGUCUGCGAAAGCUUAAAAUCUCGAAUGGAAGAAGUGGAACAAAAAGUGAAAAGUCAAGAGAGCAAUAAGACAGGUAAUGUUGCUCCUUUUCUCUCCAACCCCUAUGGAAUAGUCUUAGAUUAA